AUGGGAGUGCAGCAGCAGCAGCAGGAAACGAAUGGGAAGGAGGCGGAGGAGGGCGGCGUCGGCAAGAGGAGGAAGGUCGCCACCGACGUCACCAUGGACCUCGACAUCCUCGACUGCCCCGUCUGCUUCCUCCCCCUGCGCCCUCCCAUCUUCCAGUGCACCUUGGGACAUGCCAUAUGUUCGUCUUGCCGUGACAAGCUGCAAGACAAGUGUUGCCUCUGCUCCCUUCCCACAGUCUACAAUCGCUGUCACAUGGUCGAAAAUGUUGUUGAAUCUAUCAAACUUGCUUGCUCCAACAGUAGUCACGGAUGCACAGCAAGGAUAACCUACUACCAGAAAGAAGACCACGAGAAAGGCUGUCAACAUGCGCCAUGUUUCUGCCCCGAAACUGGCUGCAGCUUCAGUGGACCAACCAAAGUGCUCCUGGAGCAUUUUUUAGGCGAGCACGAUUGGUGCUAUGGGGAAAAGGAUCUUAGGUACGGCAAAACGUACAGGAUUACGUUGCUGGGAGUCCAGGGACCAACUGUCUUGAUGGGUAAUGAUGGGCACCUCUUCCUGGUCAACAUGACAAUGGAGUCCCUUGGCGGUGUCAUCUCAGUUUGCUGUGUUGAGCCUCACAUUAGUGCAUCCAGGUUCAAGUGCAGGCUGGCAUUAUUGUGCGGUGAACAAAGCUACUCCCAGACUACGGAGUUCUUAACGACUAGCACUAAUCUGCGUGACGGGUUUCCUAAAGAUUGCUUCCCGUUGCUUGUGCCAAAGGUGUUUGCUUGGAGACACCGGUACAAACCCCACAGCCACGGUGUGUGUGACCCUCAAGCCACAGUAAGCACCAUGUGA